AUGCCUUAUCUCGUCGGAAAAGAGGUUGGCGCCACCGGCUAUGGCACCAUGAGACUGACCUGGCAGGAGCACCCACCCACACAGGCGGUGUGCUUUGAGACUCUGAACAAGGCGCUGGAGCUCGGUGCUAACUUCUGGAACGGAGGCGAACUCUACGGCACUCCGGAUUAUAAUUCCCUGCAUCUUCUGAACCAGUACUUCACUAAGUAUCCCCAGAACGCGGACAGGGUGGUCCUCAGCCUUAAGGGUGGGAUGAAGCCGGGUAUGCUGGGCCCGGAUGGGUCGGCAGAGAACGUCCGCCGCAGCGUGGACGAGUGCCUGCGCCUGCUGGACGGAAAGAAGAAGAUUGACAUCUUCGAGUGUGCGCGACAGGACCCAAAGUACCGCAUCGAGAACACUGUGGAAGUUCUGGCACAAUACGUGAAGGAGGGCAAGAUUGGAGGUAUUGGCCUAAGCGAGGUCGAUGCAGAGACUAUUCGCAAAGCAAAUAAGGUGCACCCUAUCGCCGCCGUCGAGGUUGAAAUGUCCCUGUGGUCGACCGACAUUCUUGAAAACAACAUCGCGAAUACAUGCGCCGAGCUGAACAUCCCCGUCAUUGCGUACUCGCCCCUGGGUCGCGGUGUCCUGGCGGGAGCUGUGACGUCGCUGAAAGACCUCCCCGAGGGUGACAUCCGCCGGCAUAUGUCCCGCUUCCAGGAGGAGAACUUUCAGCACAACCUGAAGCUUGUCAAUGAGGUCAAUCGCCUGGCGGAGCGUAAGAGGCUUGCCCCCUCCCAGAUUGCCCUCGCUUGGAUCCUUAGUCUGAGCAACAAGCCUGGCAUGCCCACCAUUAUUCCUAUCCCCGGAGGCACUACCACCGACAAGGUUGUUCAGAACAUGGUCGGGGUGAAGCUGCUCACGGAUGAAGAGUUGGCAGAGGUUGAUGCGAUGUUGAAGCAGUACCCCGUCGCCGGGCCGCGGUACUAG